AUGGAGAAAUCAUUCGCGGACACGGAUCGAAAAUACGGGUUCACAGGUGAUAUGUCCAUUACCCAUCUAUGGCAACAGUGGACCGGUCUCCGAUUCGAGCGAGGUCAUCCGUCCGAUGCGGAGAGAUUCGUCUACGACUUCAUCCAAGCGAAGCGAGACCUCGAGAUGGAGCUCGGUCACUCGGUCCCGGCCUGGGUUGAACACCACCAAUUCAUGAGUGCGGUCUCGGCCUCUCGGGCCGGAGGCGUUCUUCUCCAACGGCCCCCGGCGCAAUCGACGGGUGGUCUCGGCUUCCAGAAUCUCAAGAAGGGGGAGAAAAACAUUUAUACUGCGUUUCUGAAAGCUUGCUGGUAA